GCGACGAGGUUAGGAAAUAGAGUAAGAAAUCUAGAACUUCUUCCGUGGACAAUACUUCCAGUGAAAAUGGGAAUCGGCACCUUAAAAAACUAUGCAAAACGCUUUUUGGAUCAAAAUUCGCGGUGGCGCUCCUCCGCCUAUCCAGGUUCAGGGGUCUCUUCUCAGUCGCAAUGUCUACAAUUAUGCCGUGGUUAUUACUCUGGAUCUCGCAUCAUGCAGCUGAGUACGUCCAGGGUACCAAAUGCCCCAUUUUUCAACGUAUACCGGAUUUCCCUGAAGUCAUAUUCGUCGUCUUCUAAUACAAAGAGGGGAUUUUUUUCUUGGUACUUGGGUAAGCUCGAAUCACGUCCUAUUCUCACGAAAAGCAUAUCUUCUGCUCUCAUAUACGCUGCUGCAGACUCCACCUCCCAGAUUAUUACAGCGUCGCUUUCGGAUUCCUUAGAUAUUAAAAGGACCUUGCGAAUGGCUAGCUUUGGGCUACUAAUUUUGGGACCAGCUCAACAUGUUUGGUUUAACUUUCUGGGGAGGAUAUUUCCAAGGCAAGAUAUGGUUACUUCCUUGAAGAAAUUGGUGAUAGGGCAGCUUGUGUUAGGACCUUUUAUAACUGGGACAUUCUUCACUUUCAAUGCAGGAUUGCAAGGUGAAAAUGGAAGAGAGAUUGCUUCAAGGUUGAAGCGUGACCUGCUGCCGACAUUGAUAAAUGGUCUCAUGUACUGGCCACUGUGUGAUUUCUUGACAUACAGAGCAAUCCCAGUCCAUUUGCAGCCAUUGAUGAACAGCUCAUUUGCAUAUUUGUGGACCAUUUAUCUAACAUACAUGGCAAGUUUGAAGAAAGCUGCUACAGAUUAGUUUGAUCAUAAUCAAAUUUCUUGUCAGGAUGAGGCUGUUUGGUUACCCUGUGUCUAGAUCAACCUUGAAUUGAGAAGAUCAUCAUCCCCCUUUUCUUCCAAAAAGAAAGAUCAAUUUCUCAAUUGUUCUUACCGAGUAAUAUUAGGGGCCAUUUAUGAUGCACUAAUUGUAAUGUGGUAGAGUUGUUCGGUAUGAAUGUGUGAUCAAGUUUUAACAAUUUUGUAAGCUAUCAUUAGUUCUGUUAUGAAUUCUGCAUUUCUUUUAGUAU